CCAAUAUCUAACACCCGUGUAACCAACCACCCAACAAUCGUGUCAGUUGUCACCAAACUCCCAACCUCCGCAUUCAGCUCCACCCCACCUCACCUCACCUCACCGUACCUCACCUUCCCUCCGCCCAAAAUACCCCCUUCCCACCACUUUGGCGGCACACCGUCGCCUUCAACGCCAGUGCACCCGCCUUCUCCUCCCCACGGAACUCUCCAAAAACUCAUUCGAAUAAAAAACGUCAGAAAUCAUCAAAAACCCAAAAACAAUGAGCAAGAAAAAGUGUAAGGUGACCCUACCAGUAGCAAUGGUGGUCUCUGCAAUCUGUUACAUCUAUUAUGCAACCAUCUUUGUGUUUAUUGAUCGAUGGUUUGGCCUAUUUUCCUCUCCUGGUCUAAUGAACGCUGCUGUUUUCACUGCGAUUGCUACCAUUUGUACCUUUACUUAUGCCAUUGCAAUUGUUCGGGAUCCGGGUAGGGUUCCUUCCUCUUUUACGCCCGAUAUUGAAGAUUCCCAUAAUUCGAUUCAAGAGGUUAAGCGCAAGGGAAUCACAUGGUCAGAUUCUAAGAGUGGUGAUUUAAGAUACUGUCAGAAGUGCUCCCAUUACAAGCCUCCCCGUGCACAUCAUUGUAGAGUUUGCAAAAGAUGUGUUCUGCGUAUGGACCACCACUGUAUCUGGAUAAAUAAUUGUGUAGGCCACACAAACUAUAAGGCCUUCUUUGUCUUUGUCCUCUAUGCUGUAAUAGCAUGCAUACACUCUGGGGUAUUGCUUCUGGGUAGUAUAGUUAGCGACACUGUAAAGGAUGAACAGCAGAAUGAAGGAUCAUCAAGAACUGUAUAUGUGGUAUCAUGUCUACUUAUAUUCCCUUUAACUAUAGCACUUGGCGUUCUCCUUGGUUGGCAUAUCUAUCUCACUCUACGAAAUAAGACUACUAUUGAGUAUUAUGAAGGAGUCAGAGCUAUGUGGCUUGCGGAGAAGGGAGGAGAAGUGUACAUACAUCCUUAUGAUCUAGGUGCUUUUGACAACUUAACUUCGGUCCUUGGUCCAAAUGUCUUGAGGUGGAUAUGCCCUACCUCAGGCCACAUUGGUUCAGGUUUACGCUUCCCUACGGCAUAUGAUAAGCUUACUGAACCAUCAUCUGAAUGAAAAGAAUUGCAAUAAUUUUAGCUAUGAAGCAAAGCCAUUCAGUUUACAUGGUGGUCCUGAGAGCUCAUACAGUUCCUUCUUCCAGUUUGAUUGUUUUACGCGCAGCUGCAGUGGUAGCAAACACAGUUCAAUGGUUCUCAUGUCUGUGUAAAUGCAAGUUUGAGGCUGCCACUACAGAUUAGUGAACAUACUUCAUAAAGGUAAAAUGAUUAUUUGAUGUGGAUAGUCGUCAGUAAAAACUUCAGAUCCGGAGUUACGGAAUACUGGAUUUUCGAGAGAUAAAGAAACUGUCAGUGGCUGAUCUUUUGGUACACAACUGGAGAUCAUCAAACCCAGCUGAAGCCUCAGCUCCAUCAUUUAGGAUGAUAGGAUUCAUCAAUUAUUUUGUAUCACACAAUUGUUUUGUAACACAAGAAAAUUGUAAUAUAUUGGUGUAUUUAGAAUCUGAAAUAGCAAUCAAUGGAAGUGUUUCUUCAUACAAAAAGAAA